AUGUUGCCUUCUAUGCCAAUUUUAUUUACAAGAGAUAGCCAAGAUGCAUUCGGAAACAAAAUAGAACCGAGCACUAGUUGUUUUAACCAAAAUAAUAAAGAGAAUCCUAUCUUUCAAUCAGAGGUUGUUUUAUCGAAAAUAGUUAAAAAAGAAGACAAUACUAAUAACAAUGGCACACAAAUAAAGCCUAAUGAUAUUCAAAAGGAGGAUACAAUAAAGAAAGAUGAUGACAAUCUCUUAGAGACAGCCCUGAUAAGAUCAUAUUACACAAAAGUACAAUCAAGAUUCACCUCACACCCAGCACUGCCUUCUAACAAGUUUGUACAAUUUAGAGAUAUUUUGAAGUCUUUUGAUCCAAUGUUGGAAACUCCUGUCGAUUUAUAUAGAAAAAUAGAGAAGCAUUUUGGCAAUGAACAUGCUGAUAUUGUUGAGGAAUUCCUUCUAUUUCUGAAACCCGGGCAAGCGGCACAAGUUGGUAGAUUUAUGGAUCAUCUGAUGCUAACAAAGAUGACAGGAUUCAUUCAAUUGUUACAAACAACAUUUAGCCGUAAACCGACCGUACUGAGGAAGAUAAUGCGCACAAUGACAUCUGGUCUUAACAACGGUACUAGUGACGAGAUGAAGGCACGAGUCCUGCCUCAUUUGAGAUCGAGUCCACAACUAACUCAGAUGUUUAAAACUCUUUUCCCUGACGAACGACCCCCUGACAGUUUAUAUGAAUCGGGUACGGAUAGUUUGGACGAAGGAUUCCUGACUUGCGACAGAGGCUAUGAAGUCUUCGAAUUCGAAGACAAAGCUGGCAAACGGAAGGAGACUAAAGGACUGGAUUCUGAGUACUUACACGGAAGAGUAUUUAUACAGCAUGGCAGAAUGUUAAGAAAUGCUUCGGUAAUCUAUCCCUAUAGUAAGGAGCCUUAUAGAGUACACGCGAGACGCUUGGCUCCUAAUCAUUGCAUCUCACCACCCGAAUCUGAUUCAGAACGAUCAUCACCGAAAAGGAGUAACAAGUCUGUCUGUAAAUUGCCUCAGAAAAGAUCAAGAAAACAGCUCAAGUCACCGACAAAAACCGUUAAAGAUGUCAAUGAUAAUACAAAGAAAGAAUGUGUCCCUAAUUCUUUUAGCAAUAAAAUUAAGGGAAAGUCCCAUUGCAAGAACAAAAAUUGCAAAAAGGACGACAUAGCUUUAAAAAAGAACGUGAGCACAAAGCGAGAUGAUGCUAUCAAGGAGGAUACUCCAAAAAAUGAAGUAAGAAGUUGGACUCGAGAAGAGGAUAAAACUAUGUUAGAGGUUCUGAAAGGAGAGCCGGGAUCCGAGCUAGUGUUUGGCAGAAUACGUGAACUGUUACCGCACAGAACCACGGCCGAGAUAAAAGAUAGAUUCUGUCAUGUCAUGCAUCUCUUACAGCAAAUGGCAGUCGGUGAAGUAAAUCAGUAG